GUGGGCCUGCAGCAGCUGAAGAUGGAGAGGAGCUCUGAGAGACGGUAUCUCUCAGGUGUCACGAGGACACCUGGACUCUGUCAGUGACAUCAUCACUAGGUCCCGCCCUUCCCAUGGUGCCCUGCAGCGUCGGCGGUCGCCAUGGGAGACGAGUCCUACCCAGAAAGCCGAGCACAGGAGCUGUUCGAUGAGUUUGUGACGGCCACCACCUGCAGGGCGGCGCUGUCGUCCUUCAAUCAGCUGUGCGAGCACCUGCGGCUGGACCGCAGCGAUGCUGAGAGGCCUCUGUAUCGACCAAUCAAACAACGGCUUAACUACUGGAAGGCCAACCCCCUGUGGGCUAAACUGGACCGAAGAGCUGGGCAGCAGGAGUACAUGAGGGCCCGGGCCUGUGCCAACACCACAGUUGUGAUCAUCGGGGCAGGGCCAUGUGGUCUGAGGACGGCGGUGGAGCUGGGGUUUAUGGGAGCUCGAGUGGUGCUAUUAGAGAAGAGGGACUCUUUCAGCAGGAACAACGUGCUCCACCUGUGGCCCUUCACCAUUCAUGACCUUCGAGGUCUCGGUGCCAAAAAGUUCUAUGGGAAGUUCUGCGCCGGCUCCAUCGACCACAUCAGUAUCCGUCAGCUGCAGCUGGUCCUGCUGAAGGUGGCCUUACUGCUGGGGGUGGAGGUCCACGUCAACGUGGAGUUUAAGAGACUGGUGGAGCCGCCGCAAGACCAGCGCAGACGCAAGGUUGGCUGGAGGAUGGAGGUGAGUCCCGGGUCCAACCCUCUGAAUCAGCUGGAGUUUGACGUGAUUGUGGGAGCAGAUGGGCGCAGGAACACUCUACCUGGUUUCAGGCGUAAAGAGUUCAGGGGGAAGUUGGCGAUCGCCAUCACCGCCAACUUUAAAAACAGGAACACGACAGCUGAGGCCAAAGUGGAGGAGAUCAGCGGUGUGGCCUUCAUCUUCAACCAGAGGUUCUUCCAGGAGCUACGACAGGAAACAGGGAUUGACUUGGAGAACAUCGUCUACUACAAAGAUGACACACACUACUUCGUCAUGACGGCAAAGAAACAGAGUUUGAUCGACAAAGGAGUCAUCCUGCAGGACUUUGCUGACACUGAGCAGCUCCUCUCCAGGGGAAACGUGGACCAGAAUGCAUUGCAGGAGUAUGCUAGAGAGGCUGCAGACUUCUCCACCAAUAACCAGCUGCCAUCUCUAGACUUCGCCAUGAAUCACUACGGUCAGCCCGACGUCGCCAUGUUUGAUUUCACCUGCAUGUACGCCUCGGAGAGUGCCGCCAUGGUCCACCAACGCCACGGCCACCAGCUGCUCGUCACACUGGUGGGAGACAGUCUGCUGGAGCCCUUCUGGCCCAUGGGUACAGGCAUAGCCCGUGGUUUUCUGGCAGCGCUGGAUUCAGCCUGGAUGAUCAGGAGCUGGUCUCAGGGUGGAGCUCCUCUGGACAUCUUAGCUGACAGAGAGACAGUUUACCGUCUCCUCCCUGCAACAACUCCUGAGAACCUCCAGAAGAACUUCAGUCUGUUUACAGUCGAUCCAGCGACAAGAUACCUGAACAUCAACACGCACCUCAUCACACCUGCACAGGUGAGACACCUGGUGGACACAGGUGAGGGCACAAGGGACAAUGAUGACAUCAUGCACCUGUCCAAACCUGGACUCAUCAGACAGAGUUCUGUCCCUCAGUCCAAUAAGCUGUUGGCUUGGUGUCAGGAGCAGACUCGUGGUUAUCGUGGCGUUAAUGUAACCGACCUGACUACUUCCUGGAAGAGCGGCUUGGCUCUCUGUGCUCUGAUUGAUCGCUACAGGCCAGAUCUAAUUGACUUCAACUCUCUGGAUGAGUCAUCGGCUGAAGAAAACACUCGUCUGGGCUUCGACGUGGCCGAGAGAGAGUUUGGGAUCCCUCCUCUGAUGACAGUGGAGGAGAUGUUGUCAGUAGGAGAGCCAGACUCUCUGUCCAUGGUCAUGUAUCUGAUCCAGUUCUACCAGCUGCUCAAAGACACAGCACCUCCUGCUGGAGGUCUGAGUCAGAUUACCGACCUGAGAUCGGCUCUGUUCACACCGGCCUCGCUGCUCAGUCGACUUGGACUCAGCCCAUCCAGGAAGAGAAUCCCAAAGGAGCAGAGAGACGAUUGGGGUAAACGGAGGAGGACGAGUCGGGAGUCUUGUGACCUGAAUGGUGAUGAAGACAGCCAGGUGCACGAUGGGAGUGGGACCAGCCACUCCAAAGUGCGUCUGAUGGCCAAUCAGCUGCAGGCGAAAAUGGAGGAAAACUCGACUUCCUGUAGGACUUCUUCUUCUUCUGUUGCUGCAGCGGUGCGACUACAGCAGGGGGAGCUGGUGUCCAGCCUCCCGUCCCCCUCAGAGUCUCCAAACUGUUCCCCCAGUGUAGCUCCAGGUCAGACGCCAUCAUGGAGGCCGAGGAAACGGACCUUCCAACAGGAGCAGAUGAGUUUUCGAUUCAAAGAGAAGAUCAGGUCUCAGUCUGCACUCAGCGGGGAGGAGCAGUGUUUGCAGAUGUACACAGGUGGAGUGAACUCAUUGGCUGAGCAGAUAACCAAUCGCAUUCAGAAUCAGGAGGAAGUGAACCAGUCCUCAGGUCUCUGUUUCUUCUGUAAAGACCGGGUCUAUCUGAUGGAACGUCUCAGUGCGGAGGGUCUGUUCUUCCAUCGAAGCUGUUUUCAGUGUUUCACCUGUGGCUCCGCCCUCAGGUUGGCUGCCUACACCUUCGACAGGAGCACAGGGAGGUUUUACUGUGUGCAGCACGCGGACUCUGAUCCAAACGUUCCAAUAGUGAGGAGGAGGACCGACAGAUCUGCUUCAUUACAAACAUCCACGGUGACUCUUAGCUCCGCCCCCUCGCCCACCUCUGCUGACUCGCUGGUCUCUGCUGGUCGCCGUCGCUCCUCAGUGGUUUCUGUGAAGACCGCCACACCAGAGAGGAUCGAGCUGGAGAACUACCCCCGCCGCUGCUCCAACAUGGAGGUGGGGCUUCUGGAGGAGCCUGAGGAAGUCUCAGAGGAGAUGCUGAACCGUUUCAACCUGGAUCUGGACUAUAAGACCAGUUCAAAGGAGGAGGAGGAAGAGGGAGAGCAGGAGGAGGUUGGAGCUUCACUGGGGGAAACUCUGCAGCUCCACCAGAAACAUGAGGAGGAGGCGGAGGAGGAGGAGGAGGAGGAGGAAGACAGUGGGGAUGAAGAUGAAGAAGAAAGUGGAGAGGAGGAUGAUGAUGGAAUUGAAGGAGACAGUGAGAUGGAGUCGAGUGACGAGGGGGAGUACAGCCCCUGGGACAUGGAGCGGCGCUCAGGUGUUUGGUUCCUGAUAGCAGAGGAGACAGAGGAGGGUUUUUCUCCUCUCAGCUCCUCAGGAACAGGAAAUGACAUCACUCUACCUGACCUACCUGUGGAACCUGAUUCCACCUCCAGCCCGCUGCCAGCCACCCCCUCCUCCUCUCCUCACUCUGAGCCCCGUCCCCUCACCUUCACGCCCUCCACUGCCUCCUUCAUCACCACACCUGACUCCACCCAGAGUGAUGGAGACACAGCUCCUCCCACCCUGAUCACACCUGUGGUCAUCAUAGAAACAGCUGCUAAAAGACCACCCUCAAGUGUCCCAGCUAAAACACUUGAUCUGAAGGCGGAGUUAAAGCGGGAGUUGAUGGAGGGCGAGGAGUCUGAUGGAGCAAGAAGGAGGCGGAGACAGCGAGGAGCCCACACCCUCCCUCCUCGACUCCUCCCCCCUCCUCUUCACACAGGGGGAGAGGCCUUACUCAAUCAGCUGAAGACGCUGAGAGAGGCUCCGCCUCCUGGUCAUUUUGAUGUGGAAGGAGGCGGGGCUAGAGCUCUGUGGAGGGCAGUGUUCUCUGGAAACAGGAAGGAGAAGAAGAAGAAGGGCGGCACCUUUCCUGCAGAGAGGACGAAGAAAGAAGCAGCCAAUAAGAGGAGAGCUACAGGUGUGAGAGGAUGUCUGACUCAGGAGGAGUCUGAGCUUCUGCAGAGGAGCUCGCCAAGAAACAAGAGACGCUCUCAGAAAAUCUCCGCUCCCGUGCCUGACUCUAACAGUCGGUCGUCAUGUCCCACCGAGGUGGUCGGUAUCCUCGUGGAGCCGAAGGAGCCGUCAAGUCUGAGCAUGACGGAGACCAUGUUCCACAGGGGACAGGAAGACAACGACAACCUGGACGCCAAACUCACCCGACAAGUCCAACGAGCCGCACGGCGGACCGCCAAACAGGAAGAGCUGAAGAGACUCCACAAAGCUCAGAUGAUCCAGAGGCAGUUGCAGCAGGUGGAGGAGAAGCAGAGACAGCUGGAAGAGAGAGGAGUGAUGGUGGAGAAAGCUCUGAGAGGAGAAGCAGAUUACUGGGGAGAUGAUGACCACAACAUGGACAUCGAGCUUCACCUGGAAGGUCUGAGUAAACUGGAUAACUCGGCUCUGAUGCAGACCUGGUUCCAGCUGGUCCAGCAGAAGAACUCCCUGAUCAGAUACGAGUCUGAACUCGUCAUACUGGCACGUGAGCUGGAGCUGGAGGACCGUCAGAGUCGUCUGCAGCAGGAGCUCAGGGAGAGGAUGGCAGUGGAUGACCACCUGAAGGGGGCGUGUGAGCUGGUGGAGGAGCGUCUGAUCCUGGAGGAGAUGUUGGACGUGGUGGAGCAGAGGAACUCUCUGGUGUCGCUGCUGGAGGAGCAGAGACUACAGGAGAGACAGGAAGACCAACACCUGGAGGACGCCAUGAUGACCCCCCCACUCCGACUCACCUGGACCUGAUCCUGUCUAGUCACAUGAUCUCCACAGCUAUACCUGUCCUUUCACAGCACUUCUGCAGUCUGGUUUACAGCCCAUAAGGGGGAAAUAGGGGAGAACUUUCUGGGACCUAGCACUGUGGAGGUUUGCAAAAACAGUUAUCGCAGCUUAACUUUACAACGGGCCGUGUUCUUUUUAACCUAAAUACUGACCAUUCAGAUCAGUGCAACUAUAUUCUGCAGUUAUUCAUUAUCACGUUUGGCCUGUUUUAAAGUGUUAACCCACUUGUCUUUCAAUUGCAUGAGCCUUUUUAAGUCUGGAGGUUUGAAUAACAUGGCUUAGCCCAUUUAACUGCGUCAUAGCUAGCACUGAAAGAGAAAAACUGAAGCAACUUUAUGGAACUUUUGAACCCAAAAAUGGCACUUUUAAGCACCAAAAUGUAGCUAAUUUUAUCUCUAAGGCUGAUCCAGUCCCAUCAGGGAGAGCUAUUCAUUGAGCCAGGCACGCAGCUAUAUACAAUAUUGCUUGAAUUGCAAAACUAACACGUUGCAUGUACAUGCAAUAUAAAAAACUAAUCUGGGUUCUCUAACAGAUUAUCCAGCAAUCAUCUCCUCAAUCGCUGUUCAGAAAGGCAGAAAAAACAUCCCUAUCUGAAAACUACACUAAGACCUGCCCACCAAAUCACCCAAUAUGCAAACUAAACUUAACAGUUAGCUGCUGAUUUUAGCCUGGAUUAUUUAAAAAAUAAAAUGCAAAAAUAGGGCACAGAUUGCCCAGCAGUUAGAUCAUGCCCCAUGCACACAGGCAGCCUAGGUUCAAGUUUGGCCUGCCGCUCCAUUUCCGCAUCCCUCCUCAGUCUGAGGUUGGUUUUAGUGUUACAAAUGGUCCCAGAGGAGAUGAUCAGGUCCUCAUUUAUUCUGAAAUUAUCUUGAAUUUAAAAACAUCACAGGAAUAAAUAAAAAAUAUAUAAUGUUAAUGUCUGAACAUGUAGACAUGUCAUUAUACCAGACAGCCAGCAGAGGGCACUAUUACUUUAUAAAACGUCACUGUCUCUUCUGCCAAGCCAAUCUUCUUCCCUCCUUUGGUUCCACUUUAAAGUAAAGAUACUGACACAUUAGCGCAGUAAUAAACUUAAAAUACAGCUUUAAACAAACUAGUUAACAGAGUAUAUCAGUGUGGUCUUAGCUGUCAGCUGUAAUGAUCAUAAAAACAGGAAAUCAAACUUCAGUCUAGAGCAUUUUGUGUGUUUUUAAAGUGUAAACUUUAUCGACAAUGUGCCAAAUGAUACUGAUCAGUGAUCAGCCUUACCUUACCUGAUCAGCUGAUCACCAGGUGUUAUUGGUGCUGUGAAUGAGUUUAAAGUCAUGUGACUAAUGAGCUGAUUGUUAAUAUAAUUUAAUAUCAAACAGCCUUUUACCUGAUCUUUAAUAAAAUAUUUACACGUAAACCUGCACGUUUGUGAUUUUAUUUUAGUAAAUAAACCAAAAUGAACUGAUACAGAAGAGACGUUUCUGUC